AUGGCCUUCUUCAAAGAAGGCCUCUCCAAGCUCAUGGGCAAGGGCCAUGCGGAUGCUCCGAGCCCGCGGCUGCGCCUGGGGGAGGGCUGCUUCUUGGGCCCGGGCGCGGUGGUUCCGCAGACGUUGACCUCCUGGAACUCCGUCAUAGCGUACUGCACGGAUGCUGGCCAUGUUCGGGUCUUUGGGCCAGAGAUGGAGGUGACACUGAAAAACCCUGCUGCGCCUUUGCACCCGGAGUUCCUUCUCUUCCCGCGCCCUGGGCUGAUCCUGGUGAUCGGGGUCUCCUCCUGUGCGGUGGCCCCGUCUCAGGCAGCGCCCAGUGACACGGGAAAGGCCACGUGGAUGCUCCAGUGGUGGGAGCUCAGCGGCUCUGGUGCCGCGCAAGCUGUGCAGCCCGUACAGGCGGCAGUGCUCCGGUUUGGGGUCACCUGCGUCUCCGUAGCCGAGGAGGCGUGUUUGGUAUUCCUCGGCACCGACGAGGGCGAUGUCCGGGUCUUCGAUGCCGCCGGGGAGAGCCCGCACUUGGCGUCCUACUGCGUGCCCUGGGGCACGCUGUCGCGGGCGGACCGGCCAUGCCCAGUGGCAGCGUUGAGCGCCAGCCCCGAGGCAUCCCCGGAGCUUCUGGUGGCCACCGGGGAGGGCGCCUUGAUGCUGUGGUCCUUUGAGAAGCACAAGGUGGCCCGGUCCUUCGACCCCAUCUCCGCGGUGACCUCGGUGCUGUGGUCCCAGAAGGCCAGCCACUUCCUGGCGGCCACCCGGAGCGACGUGAGCCUCUUCAGCCGCGGCUCCGGGGCCCCGCUGGCGCGCCUGGCGCUGCCGGGGGGCCCAGCGCAGGCGGUGGAGCUGCUGCACUGGGAGGGUGAGGGGACCAACGGCCAGCUGCUGCUGCGAAGGGGCGCCCCCAAGCCCUCGCUGCUGUGCUUCUCCGGGGAAAACUGGAGCAAGGUGGAUGUGCUGCUCCCCGACGUGGCCGGCGCGGCGCUGCUGAUCGACGCCACCUGCACGCCUGCGCUGGCCUCGGAGGAGCUGGAGGCGAUGUCCUCGCCAGCGACUUCAGAGCCAUUGGUGGUGGCGGUGGGUCUUGCGGGGGCGCUCCAAGUGGUGGCUGCGGGCGGCCAGUCGUGGCCAGCCACGUGGGGAUCGCUGCCGCUGGCAAACGUCAGCUGCGUCCAAGUCUUGCCCCAAGCGGUGCUCGAGCGGGCAGUUGCCCCGACGCAGGAGCGUUUCUUUGCCCUCCGGGAUGGCGAGCUGGAGGCUGCACAGGCGACCCCGAGCGAGAAUUUGGGCACGGCGGACGGCUGGUUUGUUUGCCCUGAGCCGGACGAGCCGGACGAGGCGGAUGCAGCGCAGGAGCUGGUGCAUUGGCAGCUUCCCGAGGCGGUCGCAGAGCUUCACUGCGAGCUCAGCCUGGGUCUGGAUGCCAAGGCUGAGCUCCGGGUAGACGGCACCGUACUGGUUUUCGACGCCGCGGAGCAGCGCGUGGCCUUGGUGCCCGCAGACGCGCCGGGGGAGGAGGUGGAAGUAGACCUGGCGCCCGGCGUCAGCCACCUGCUGCAGCUGAAGCUGACAGACGAUGGAGUUAUGGCUCUGCUUCUGGAUGAGGUGCCGCUGGCGCUUGCACCCCUGAGCCGGCCCAAGACAAUGGCGUUCCGAUGCCUGCACGGCGAGCUGCGGCUGCGGAAUAUCUUCGAGCCAGGACACAGCUCCAGCCCGGAGCCAAGAAGGGAGAUACCAGAGCCGGUGCAGCUGGUCGAGGCCAUGUAUGCGCACCACGCUGCCCAUUUUCGAAGCUUCCUUGCAGGCGAUGCAAGUGGCUCUGAGCCGCAUGCUGUUGCCUUCGCUGAGAGUUGGAAUUUGUUGGCCGGAGGCUGCCAAGGGCUCCUGGCCAGCGGCCACAAGGAUGGCACGGUGCGCCUCUGGCUGCGGGGCCGCAGCUCGGUGCUGUUGCUGCAGGUGCUGUCUUUGCAGCCUCGGCCAGCGCUGCCUUGGCGGCCUCGCUUCGACCAGGCAACCGAGGCGAUCCCAAAGGGCUACGACGGCGUGGACGCGUGCCCGGCCUUCUGCGCCGGCGAGGCUUCGGCUUCGUCUUCGGUGAGUGCGGUGGUGCUGGAGCCGAGGGUGGCGGCUGUGGCUGCUGGCAGCUGUGAUGGAGAGGUUGUCGUUUUCUUGUGGCAGACCACCCCACAGAAGAUGUCAGAUUCGGAGGCUGCGGAGUGGCGUGUGCAAAUGCUGCUGCACGCCAGUGAGGAAGACGCAGGUGUGACGCAGGAGGCGAAGGAUCUUCCGUGUGGCUUCGCUUGUGCAAUGCGACUGCGGCAGCAUCAGGCCAGCAUCGCGGUGCUGAAGGUGGUGCCCUUUCGGGAACGGCUGCAGGUUUUCUCCGCAGAUGCCAGCUCUCGGAUUUGCAUCAGCGACUGCUACAGCGGUGAGCUGCUUUUUUCCCACACCCCGAAGCAGAACUCGCCCUCCCAGGGCCCCGGCCCACCGCCGGAAACGUUGGAGGCCGUGGCCUUCUCCAAUUGCAUCCUGCCGGGCCAAGACCAGGAGGACGGUAGCUACGUUUGCGCCUUCUCCAGCGGCGAGCUGCGGCAGAUUGCAGGGGGGUCUGCUGGUUUCAAGCUCCUGGACGGCCGGAUCCGCGAGACACGGCUGCCUCAGGUGUGCGGUGGUCAGGUGUUGGCACUGCAGGUCUUCCCGCACUUUCUGGUGGCUGCCCAGCCCAACGGCGCCAGCGUCUUCCCGCGGGAGAAGGCAUCUCUGGCGCAGGCCAGCGUGAAGUUCGCCAAGAGGGCGCUGGCAGCGGAGGUGGGGCACCUGGCGGAGCCAUGUUUGUUGGCAUUGCUCUCCACAGGGCAGCUGGAGGUCUUCUCCCUGCCGAGCCUGCAGCCCGUGGCAUCCCUGCCGGUGGCGAGCGCUGCCAGCAUCAUCUCGGCCCCCGAACUUUUGCGACCUGCACCCGGGGGCUUCUGCUCGGAUGGUUACUUCACCCUCCAGGGCGCGGGCGCCAUGUGGAUGUGUUGCGUGGAGGGCUUGGCAUGCCAGCUGGAUGCCUCCGCCAAGGCGACCGCCUCCGCCCAGCUUGUGCAAGCGCUCCAGCCGCAGGCGUCCCCCACAGAACCCGACCAGUCCAAACCCCAUGGGCUGCUGGGUGCACUCUUCGGGCGCGGUGCGCAGAAGACGCUCCGCGCGUGCACGGUGAGCACGGCGCCACCCGCUGAGGUGGAUGCAGAGCGCUUGGACCGGGGCCGGGGCUUGACUCCAGCUUGGAGAGAUCUGAGAAAGAAGCCUCCUCCCCCGCCAGCUCCGUUGGAUCGACCGGCAGCUCAGGCAGCUGGCGUCAGAGAGACGCUAAAUGCGACCUCUGCACUCGCAGCAGAGCGAGGUGAUAAGAUCAACGGCCUUGCGUCCAGGUCACAGAGGAUGGCCGAGGAUGCAGAUCAGUUCUUGGACCUUGCAAAGCAGCUGAACGCUCGCCAGAACCGCUGGUUUUGA